CCUCAGUUUAGUCUGCAGCUGAUGGAGCAUGACACCUUAGAUCAUACCUUCUGUUCUGGUUCAGUGCAUAAGAAUUCAAGUUUCUGAAGAAGGUGACAAAGUGUUCAGUUUACUGAACCAAGAGCUUUGGCUGUCACCUCUUCUGGAAGGCCUAGCCAUGAGACUCUUCUUGAUCAUUGCGAUUCUGCUGUUCCAGAAACCCACAGUAACCAAUCAACUUAAGAAAUGCUGGGGUAACUAUGUACAAGGAAACUGCAGAAAAAUCUGCAAAAUAACUGAGAUACGUGAGGUACUAUGUACAAAUGGGAGAUAUUGCUGCCUCAAUAUCAAGGAACUGGAAGAACGAAAAAAAAUUACAAAGCCACCUCGUCCAGAGCCACCAAUUGUUGCACUGACUCUUCCUCAAGAGUAUGAUGAGAUCAUAGAAAGUUCCUCAGUCCCCCAGAAAAAUUCUACACAAAUCACAUACAAUUUUCUAUCAUUUACUUCUCAGCCUACUCCACUACACUAAGGGACAAGAACCACAUUGUCUCUUUCUGGUUUCUUGAUCCCCAGAAUGAACUUCUA